UGACUUCCGCAGUGCACGCUGCCAUCACCCGACAUUUUUACCUGGUUUAGGGGCAAGCUCUACCGUGGGAAAGGUGAUGUAUCUCGGGGAAAAGCCGUAAACCCUGGGAUAUGAGGGUUGGGCGAGACAACCGAGCCUGUUGCGUUCCAUGUUGGGACAAGGAAUAACCUUGACUUCUGAGCUUCCAUAACCCAAGGGUCCUCCAGCAAAGUUACGGCGCGCUGAGGAAAAACCUUGCUGGCAAGUCGGGACUGGGUCGCGGCGGCGGUUUUUCUUUUCUCACCCAGCAGGUUUUUGAGCUGGGGACAUAGGGUUCGGUUGAGAUACAGAGGCUCCCUUCCGGAUACUGGGUUCUCUGAAGUGCCUAUGAUCUAGGGCAGGGCUGAGACCACAUUCGUUCACGUAUUUGUUCAGCUCUCCUGUAUGCCCGGCACAGAGGAUACGCCCCUUAACAGUCCCAAGGUCCCGCCUGUAGUUAAGUUCCUUCCCCAAGGUCAUUAAGAUGGGACAAAGCUUGGGACUCGACACCUUUCUGUGCUAACCAUUGAGCUGCCUCCACUUUGAGCAGCUCAGUGGAAGCUGUACAUUGGAAUGGGUUAACAGUCCUUGUAAUGCAAGCAAAAUACAUGAAGGAAAAACAGUUCUUUAUAUCUCUGCUUAUUGCACUUGAGACUAUUGCAGUUGGUUUUGUUUACCUAAGAAAAUUUGUCAUGUAAAUGAAAAAACACCUGUUUUCCUAGACUGAUUGGUUACAGACAUGCUUCGUCUAAGAGCUAUUUGUCCAUUCUCCUGGAGAGUGUUUCAGUUUCGACCCAUCAGUUGUGAACCACUAAUUAUUCAGAUGAAUAAGUGUACAGAUGAGGAGCAAAUAUUUGAUUUUAUUGAAAGAAACAAAGCCGUACUUUCAGAACAGCAGGUGGGAUGUGCAUUUAAUAUGCUUUGGAACCUUCAAAGGCAGAAGACCAGCCUGGUAAAAAAUGUGGAGUAUGUCAGAGACCAUCCUCAAUUUCUUACUCUUCAUAAUUUAGCUAUGAAUAAAUUCAAAUUAAUGAAUGACGAUACCUUGGUGAAUGUAUUAUACAUCACACAACAGUUUGCUGGUGAGGACUUCGACCCGCUAGUUGAAGCACUAGUUACAGAAUCAUGGAGAAGGCUAGAAAGGUUUGAUAUUAAACUGCUAUCAGUAUUUUCCUCUUGCCUGGCAGAGCAGCAUUUAUAUUUUAGUCCAUUAAUGGGAAGAAUAGCUGAUAUUGUUCAUAGGAACUUGGAAACCACACAGGACUUAAGUUCCUUGUCUGUCUUAAUGGUCAACAUAUCUUCUUUAAUAUCACGACAUUUUCAAGAACAACUGGUGAACAAAACAGAACUUCUUUUUGACACCAUGGAUUCUUCUGAGGUCGACUUUGCAAAAAGAAUAGUACAGUUUCUUCGAAAUAUUAGAUAUUGUUAUCAACCACUAUUAGAAAGGUGUAAUAAUGUAUUUUUAAGUAAUGUGGACCAACUCGAUUUGGAUUCCAUCAGUAAAAUACUUAGUCUACACAAAUUUCUACAGUUUAAUAGUUUUAAAUUUAUUAUGGUGGCUAAAAAGAAGCUGACUGAAAUGAUUCCUCUGCUUAAUGAUCCUGCUAGCUUUGUAAAAUUAUUUGUAGCCUUGGGACCCAUUGCAGGACCUGAAGAAAAGAAACAACUUAAAUCAACUAUGUUAUUGAUGGCAGAAGAGCUAACCAGCGAGCAAGCCCUGGCAGUGUUGAGAGCAUUGGAAGAUAUGGAAAGCAGAAAUUCACAUCUGAUUAAAAGAAUUGCUUCAGUUCUAUAUAAACAUUUGGAUAACUAUAAACCAUUAGAGUUGUUGAAGAUAACUCAAGCAUUGACUUGUCUGCAUUUCCAAAGGAAGGAGUUUUUUGUGAAACUUAGAGAAUUACUGCUUAGUUAUUUGAAAAUUAGUUUCAUACCAACUGAGAUGUCCUUUCUGGUCUGUGCUAUUUCCAUGCUUCCUUCUCCUCUCAUGGACAAAGUGGGGAUAUCCCGAAUUGAAGCAGUUUUACCACAGUGUGACCUAAAUAAGCUGACUAGUUUUUCCGCAUCUGUUUUAAGAUGGAUUCAGUAUGACCACAUGCAUUUGGAUAGUAAUACUGGAAAACAACUGAAACUACUUCAAAAAUUAGAUCACUAUAGUCAUCAGAGACUACAACACAUCAACAGUUUUGAUCUGUUAUGGAAGGAACUGAAAUAUCUCAAAGGAGACAUGUUUCCUGAGUCACUGAUUGAAGAAAUGAUUGCUGCUUUACAGCGUUUCAGGGAUGAAAUUAAUUACAUAAAUGUUGCAGAGAUUGCAUAUUUUAUUUCUAAAACUAAUUACCUCAGUACUUUGCUACUUGAUAGGAUAGCCUCAGUGGCUGUUCAGCAGAUUGAAAAGAUUCAUCCUUUUACAGUUUUUGCUAUUAUUCUUCCAUUCAGCAUUUUGAAUUAUGAUCCACCUCAAAGGGAUGAAUUUUUAGAAACUUGCAUGCAACAUCUUAAUUCUUACUUAGGUAUAUUCGAUCCUCAUAUGUUAGUGAUUCUUGGUUCCUCUUUGGCCACACUUGAAUAUUUUCCAGAAGAUCUGCUAAAGGCAAUUUUUAACAUCAAAUUCUUAGCUAGAUUGGAUUCUCAACUUGAAGUUUUACCUUCAUGUCAAAGUACAAGAGUCCAGUUUCGUCUUAUGGAGUUAAAUAGAUCAGUCUGCUUGGAAUGCCCAGAGUUUCAGAUUCCAUGGUUUCAUGACCGCUUCUGCCAACAACAUAAUAAAGGUAUUGGUGGCAUGAAUAGAGCACAACAGCAGAUUUAUAAAAUGUUAGCAGAGGUACUAGGAGGAAUCAAUUGUGUAAAAGCCUCGGUUCUUACGCCUUAUUACCACACAGUAGAUUUUGAGUGUGCCUUGGAUAAAACAAAAAAACCUCUUCCUUAUGGAAGCCAUAAUAUAACAUUGGGACAACGACCAGAAAUGCCCUGGGAAUCAAAUACCGAAAUAGUUGGAUCAAGGCUGCCACCAGGAGCUGAAAGGAUUGCUUUGGAAUUUUUGGAUUCAAAAGCAUUUUGUAGAAAUAUUCCUCACAUGAAAGGAAAAUCUGCUAUGAAAAAACGACAUUUGGAAAUUUUGGGCUAUCGUGUAAUUCAGAUUUCUCAGUUUGAAUGGAACUCUAUGGCACUGUCAACAAAGGAUGCUAGGAUGGACUACCUGAGAGAACGUAUAUUUGGAGAAGUCAAAUCAUGAUUGUAGUUAUUUAAAUGAAUGUUAUCAUGUGUCACAUUUGGACUUACUUUAAUUAAGUGGCCUGACUCAAU